AUGACGAUCAGAAAAAGGCUUAUAUCGAUGCAAUCGAACAAGCGCGUGGAGAAGGUGUCGACUUGGUCGACACUACUAGGCAACAACUUCUUCCAUUUGCAAGCGGUUGAUGCAUAUCAGACAAUCGCAGAUGACUUCACUGCUCUCAUCCAUCGCUUUAAGUUCAAUCACGUGCAGCAGGCUGCAUUCGCACGCCUCCGCGCCCUACCUGGUGGGUUUGAUCUCAUCCAAGGGCCCCCUGGCACUGGAAAACCUAAUGGGCGCACCAUCAACGACGUCGUCAAUGAUCUCGCCGUCGGGAUCGAGGAAGCUCGGUUACAGUUCGUCCCCGACCGUGAGACCAUCAUUGUCCGUUGCCAUGCGCUCAGCACUGGAUAA